AUGUCAUCAGCACCACUAUUACAGACAACCCCCGGUAAGAGAAUUGCCCUGCCUACCCGUGUCGAGCCGAAGGUGUUCUUUGCCAACGAGAGAACGUUCCUCUCGUGGUUGAACUUCACCGUCAUUCUCGGCUCGCUUGCCAUUGGGUUGCUCAACUUCGGCGACAAGGUUGGCCGGAUCUCCGCGUCGCUGUUCACGCUCCUUGCGAUGGGCACGAUGGUCUACGCGUUGAUCACCUACCACUGGAGAGCCAACGCCAUCAGAAGAAGGGGCUCGGGUCCCUACGACGACCGCUUUGGGCCAACCAUGCUCUGCUUCUUCCUCUUGAUUGCCGUCAUCGUCAACUUCAUCUUGAGGAUCAGAGCGUGA